AUCUCUCCAGUGAUGUUGGGAUACCCAUCCAAUCAUACAUCUUCUACCACUUUCUUCCUCAUGGGUGUCCCAGGCUUAGAGGAGGCUCACCGCUGGCUGGCAGGCCCGCUCUGCACCAUGUAUACGCUAGCUCUUUUGGGGAAUAGCUUCAUCAUAAAUAUAAUUUGGACAGACCCUGGACUACAUGAACCCAUGUACUUUUUCCUAUGUGUUUUAGCUACAGUGGAUAUUAUCAUGGCAACCUCUGUUGCUCCAAAAAUGUUGAGCAUCUUCUGGUCAGGCAAUGGCAGCAUUAGCUUCACUGCUUGCUUUUUCCAGAUGUACAUCAUCCAUACAACCACAGCCAUUGAAUCAGGGCUUUUGCUAGCCAUGGCAUUUGACCGCUAUGUGGCUAUCUGCAAACCCCUCCAUUACAAUACCAUCCUCACACCACGAACAAUUAUUGGCAUUAAUAUGGCCAAUGUAUUGAGAGCCACCAUUGCCUUAAUCCCCCUGAGCUGGAUGGUGAGUCACCUUCCAUAUUGUGGCUCUCACAUGGUCCCCCAUUCCUACUGUGAGCACAUGGCUGUGGCCAAAUUGGCAUGUGCUGACCACAAGCCCAGCAACCUCUAUAGCCUGAUUGGUUCCUCCAUUAUUGUGACCAUUGAUGUAUCUUUCAUCAUUGCCUCCUACAGUCUUAUCCUUCAAGCUGUGUUCAAUAUCUCUUCCCAGAAUGCUCGCCAUAAGGCACUCAGCACAUGUGGUUCCCAUGUAGGGGUCAUGGUUCUUUACUACCUGCCUGCCAUGAUGUCCAUCUAUUUGGCUUGGUUAGGACAGGGCUUUGUUCCCCUUCACACCAGGGUGCUGCUGGCUGACUUGUACCUGGUCAUCCCCCCAAUGCUGAACCCUCUUAUUUAUGGCCUGAGGACUAAGAGGAUUUCAGAGCAUGUGUGGAACAUAGUGACCACCAGUUUCUUUAAUUACCAUUUCUUAAAUCUUAAGGAAAAAAUGCAUAAGUAG